CGGCCGCUGUUUGGCAGAGUCCCACGAAGUCGCGCACAGUAAACGACAACACCGCAGCUGCCAGCGAAAGGCUCACAGCUGCCUCUCUUCCGGACCGUGUCCCAGCUUGAAUCCGAUGAGUGCUCCUCACCCGGCGGCAGAGCAGCGGCGCAUGCGAAUCGGCCUUCGCAUCCACGGACCCUGCAUUGGGACCAGCAUUCGCAACGCACGGAACCCGGGGGGCUGAGCAAGGCACAGCGGCUGCGGACAUGAACAUCCGCAAGGGCGUCAUGACGGAGUACAAGCAUGAAUCUCGGAGACCGUCGCACGACGCCUCUCGCGAAAACGUCGCCUUCUGCAACGGCCACACCCGAAAGGACCGGUCUCCAGAAGCAGCGAACUACCAGCAGGCCUUCAGUAACGGCAUCGCGUGUCACGCAGCCGAGGAUGGCUCGAGGAGGGCAAGCGUCGUGUGCUACAGGGACGGCGAGGAAUGCGUCUUCCGGAAAGGCAUCUGUUACUCGGAGAACUGCGCAGGCGUAACCGACGAGAACCUGAACGAGUCCAGUGCAGCGCGUCUCAAGCCGGACGACGACUGCCCUACCAGGAGAAGCGCUCCUUUGCGGCGUCUAGCGAAGAGUCGUUGCUCAGCAUUUUCAAGCAAGCGGCUGUGCCGUUCUUCCUCGGCGGUCUAGGCACGGUGUUUGCGGGACUUAUUCUCGACACGGUUCAGUUCUGGCCCCCGUUCGAGCACGUAACGGAGCUGUUCAUCGUGGUGCCUCCGCUUCUAGGCCUUAAGGGCAACCUGGAGAUGACGCUAGCGGCGAGGCUGUCGACGCAAGCCAACCUUGGUAACAUGGACACGCCAAGGAAAGUGUGGGACAUUGCGGUUGGCAACAUGGCACUC